AUGGUGGUGCGCCAUGGGGCACGCAGUAGGUUAAGUGAAGCAACGAUUGUGAUUGUGGCCGUCCUGGGCGGCUUGCUGGUGUGCGCGGGUGUCGCUGCCGAUCCUGCCAGCAGACCUUCGAUGAAAGGGCUCGUGGACAUGAUCGAGCAGUUCGGCAUGCCAACGUUGCCGUCCGGCAUUUCACCGACGGUCGGUAUGUGCAACGGCACGCUCAGCCCCUACCAGACGCACCCGGAGCCGGCCUACAACCUCAACCAGGACACCGUACUCAGCAUUCCGACCGCGACCAGCUUCCCGGAGGGAUUCCCGGUCGACUUCUCGCUGCUGGUGGCACUCCGAGCCAGCCCGGGCCUCGAACGGGCCCCUCUGUUUGCGAUCUACUCAUCCGACUCGGACGAAAUACUGAUGCUGAUGGUGGGCCGCGACGUGGCGUUGUACUACUACGACGGAAAUCCGGAGGACGACGAGCAGGAUCAGUACCAGAACAUGAUCAGCUUCGGUGUCGGCAUCGACGACGAGCGAUGGCAUCGGCUGGGACUGAGCGUCAAGGGUAAUUCGGUAACGUUGAUCGUGGACUGUGUAACGCAGAUCACGCGGCCGCUGAAUCGACGACCCGGGGCACAGUUGGUCACCGACGGGUUGAUCCUGACUGGUUUGCAGCUGAACGAGGAGAAUGGAUUCUUUACGGGGGAUUUACAACUGUUUUUAGUAGCCAACACUCCGGAUGAAGCGUACAACAUCUGCACGAAGUAUGCCCCCGACUGUCCAGGAGGAUCGUCGGGCUCGUUCCGUACCGUUUCGGUACAUACCACUCGAACCACGACCAACGGCACCACCGGGACGGUUACGCACACUCAAACUAGCACCAGGACAACGACCAGCGGCGGAGUGGGAGCGCAGACAGCUGGAGCAAACAUUCGCGACCAGGUGCUCCGUGAGUCGGUGGCUAUUACCGGCGGUGGAGGGAGUUCGGGAAGCGUGCGCGGUGGAGGAAGACAAACGUCAGCAUCGUCCUCUUUAACGGCAACCGGAGGAGCUGAACGGGACAUUACCGAGCUGUACGGGGAUGUCGAAGGGUUAGAGGUGAUCGGAGACGAUGAGGACUACUACACCAAUCUAGAGUUCGGUGGGGAUAUCAGCCGGGGACGCGCAACGGAAGUGCCCACGGAUACCGAACGUAACCAGAAUCGUACGGUUGUACUUCCUGGAAGCUACGAUCAGCUCCGGCCCGGAGUUCUGCCGCUACCCGAUCCGGAGUAUGAUGCUUCGGCCGGUGGUGGACAAAGACCACCAGGUCGAGGCCCUACAACACGCCCAGGAGGAGACGCAACGAACCGAACACAAACGGACCCAGCGAACGGCUAUGGCCCUGAGGCCGAGGAGGAAGAGGAUCGUUCGGUUGGAUUUCCAUCGCAGUCCACGGUCAUGAUUAUUGGUGGUGUCAAGACGGUUCGUGGCCCUCGUGGACCUCCGGGAGAACCGGGACCAAAGGGAGACCCGGGUCGUGAUGGGCUGGGCGGUCAAUCUGGACCUCCGGGACCUCCGGGGCACGUGUUCAUGAUGCCGCUGACGUCGGCCGGCAAUGAGAAAGGUCCGGACAGCCAAGCGGAGGCACUACGGCAGAUGCUUUCCCAGCAUAUGACGGCAAUGCGGGGCGCUGAUGGUCCGAUGGGCUUGACCGGAGUACCGGGAGCGGUCGGACCACCUGGAUCGGAGGGAGCCAAGGGUGAACCGGGCGAAGUCGGUGAACCGGGACCCUUAGGACCUCGCGGAGCGGUUGGAGCUAAAGGUAACGAAGGACGUCGUGGUCGCUCCGGACGGGACGGUGAGCGCGGUGCAACCGGACUGCAAGGUGUUAAAGGUGAACAGGGUCCCAUCGGACUGCCCGGAUUCCCUGGUGAAAAAGGAGAACGUGGUCGACAGGGUAUUGUCGGUGAGAAGGGUAGCCAGGGACACGACGGAGCGCAAGGUGAGGACGGCCCACCGGGACUACCGGGGCUGACGGGCGAAUUGGGACCCCGAGGCUUUCCGGGACCCCGAGGAUUCCCUGGCCCAUCGGGAAAUCCCGGACUGCCCGGAUCGGAGGGCAUACCGGGCUCAAAGGGCAACCCGGGACCACAGGGCCAACCAGGUGCACCGGGUCAAACCGGGUCGACGGGACCGGUGGGGCCACCGGGACAUCAAGGCAACCUUGGACCACCGGGAAUACCAGGUCCACAUGGGAAACCCGGCCUUCCGGGACUUCCCGGUGCCGAUGGACCUCCAGGACGUGACGGGAACCAGGGUAUCGCCGGCCCCAAGGGCGACCUUGGACCACAGGGUGUUCAAGGUCCGAUCGGUUUCCCUGGUAAUCGCGGGCCGAAGGGCGACGACGGUGAACGCGGAACCACCGGAGAUAAGGGCGAGAAGGGUGAACAAGGGCACGACGGCGACAAGGGUGACAUGGGACCACCGGGUGAACGAGGCCACCAGGGAGCGACGGGUGUGGCGGGAUCGGAAGGCCCGGAAGGACCGAAGGGUUUUGAGGGACCUCGCGGAGAAACUGGAAUGAUGGGACUUACCGGCGACAAGGGUAAGCAGGGUGUUCAGGGCUUCCCUGGAUAUCCCGGUCCACCUGGUGAUAAAGGCGACAAGGGUUCUGGAGGAAUGGGCGGACGACCAGGCGAGAAGGGCGAACGUGGAAAUACCGGACUUCAAGGUGAACGAGGCGAAGUUGGACCGAAGGGAUUCCGUGGUCCUCGUGGACGACGUGGAGCUGAUGGAACUACCGGCCCGAAAGGUGACACCGGACAACCUGGACCACCAGGAGCACAGGGAGAAAUUGGCAUGCAAGGACCGGAAGGCCCACGUGGUUUUAUCGGAAUGCCUGGACCACCGGGGAAUAACGGCAAAGAUGGCCCUCCAGGUGCAUCAGGAGAGCGAGGACCGCCGGGCGAAAAUGGUAAUCCUGGACCGAUUGGAGCUCCUGGUGUGGUGGGUCCUCAAGGGCCAAACGGUGAACCAGGCCCGGUCGGCGAACCGGGUAUCCCUGGACUGCCAGGAUUACCCGGUGAACCGGGAGUUCCGGGCGAUACGGGCAAGGAAGGACAACCCGGUCCGCCGGGUCCACCAGGAAAGAACGGGCCUCAAGGAGGCCAGGGUCUGCCUGGAUUCCCGGGUGAGCGAGGAAUGAUGGGCAUGCCCGGAUUACCUGGGCUGAAGGGUGAGCUAGGACUGCCGGGUCUAGCGGGUCCGGUCGGCGACAAGGGACAACCGGGCGAACCGGGUAAGGAGGGACCACCGGGUCCCGAAGGACGCCCUGGUCCACCCGGCCCGCCCGGACCAUUCGGUGCGAAGGGUGAACGCGGAGAACAAGGACUCAUUGGACCGGUUGGACGUGACGGACUUCCGGGACUACGUGGACUCACUGGCCCCGCGGGCCCCGUCGGACCGCCAGGGGAGGACGGUGACAAGGGCGACAGUGGACCGCCGGGAGAGAAAGGAUUCAAGGGUGCCCAGGGUGAAGCGGGACCCGUAGGAUCACCGGGAUCGCAGGGAAGUCGCGGAGAACCGGGUGCUACGGGCCCGGCCGGUGAAAAGGGACCGCCGGGAGAGAUUGGACGUACCGGACCAAAGGGUGAAGAUGGUCCAACGGGACUACCGGGAUCUCCAGGACCAGCAGGACCUCAGGGAAUGCCAGGACCGCCCGGAAUGAAAGGUGGUCGAGGGGAUGAUGGACCACCAGGAUCGGUUGGACCGGCUGGACCCCCGGGCGAACCAGGCCGACGGGGACCUCGUGGUGCCGAGGGAGGUCCGGGUGCACCGGGAUCUCCAGGACCGCAGGGUAUUGCCGGUGAACCGGGCAUGCAAGGACCCCCCGGGCCGAUCGGACCCGAAGGCAAGGAAGGCGAGAAAGGUGCAAUGGGACCGAAGGGCGAGGAAGGAAAGUCGGGCCCACCGGGACCACCGGGAAAACGCGGCCAACCGGGGCUGGAGGGUCCGAAGGGAGUCGCAGGACCACCAGGUUUCCCGGGAAAUCCCGGCGAACCGGGACUGGUCGGACCGAAAGGAGACAUCGGUAAGGACGGAGAAGAUGGAAAGCAGGGCGAAGCGGGCCAACCGGGCGAGCAGGGUCCUCCGGGAGCACCGGGUGAACAUGGACCACCGGGCAAGAUUGGUCCGGAGGGUCCAGCCGGACCGCAAGGGACCACGGGGCUGCCGGGAGAGAAAGGCGACCGAGGGCUUGCGGGUCCACCCGGUAACCAGGGACUCACGGGACCUCAAGGCAUGCCUGGAUCGCAGGGAUCACCGGGUCUUCGCGGAUCGCCCGGACCUUCGGGCGAAAUCGGACCGGUUGGAAAGCCAGGUGAAUCGGGCCAACCGGGAAAGGCGGGCGAAGUAGGCCCGAAAGGACCGAAAGGAGAUCGUGGUCGUCGCGGACUGAAGGGUCAUCGGGGAGAACUUGGACUUGUUGGGCUGAAGGGUGACGCAGGCGAGAAAGGUGACAAGGGUAUGCGAGGCAUCGCCGGUCCAGAGGGUGCCAAGGGUGAAACGGGUCCACUUGGACCAGUUGGACCAAAAGGUAACGAUGGGCCACAGGGAACGCCAGGCAACGAGGGACCACUAGGACCGAAAGGCACGGAAGGUAUCGCGGGUCUGCGGGGUGAACCUGGACCACCGGGACCUCCCGGACCGCCAGGACCCCCGGCCGACGCUCCACUGAUCCCACCGGAGCUUCUCUUCCGCAUGAACGAGUUCACUCUGACCAAGGGCGAAGAUCGGCAGAAGCGAGACGCCGGCGAUGCCAUGCCCGACGACGAGCUCGUUCUCGACGAUGACUUCGACGAGGAAAUCCUGCGGGUCGAGCCGCGCAAGAAGACCAAAAAGAAGAAACCCAAGUCGAAGCCCUCGGAUCUCGGGCCGAAGUUCCUCGACAUGUACAGCUCAAUCUACUCGAUGCGCCAGGAGCUGGACCGCAUCCGGAAGCCGGUCGGUACGCGGGAAAACCCGGCACGCACCUGUCGCGACCUACACCACGGCCACCCGCAGUUCAAGGACGGCUGGUACUGGAUCGAUCCGAAUCUCGGCAUGGGCGACGACGCGGUGUACGUGUUCUGCAACAUGACGGCCGAAGGCGAGACGUGCGUCUACCCGGACAUCCACAGCUCGCAGAUGCCGACCAUUCCGUGGCGCAAGGAGAACGACAAGACGGACUGGUAUUCGAACCUUCGUGGCGGCUUUAGGAUAUCCUAUGAAACCAUCGGCACGGUACAGAUGACCUUCCUUCGGCUUCUAUCGCAGGAAGCGUAUCAGAACUUCACGUACGCCUGCAUGAACAGCGUUGCCUGGUACAGCACGCAGGACGAAAGCUUCGACAACGCACUCCGGUUUCUGGGCGAGAACGAAAUCGACAUCGGCUACGAGCACUCCAAGAUCAAACCGACCGUCCUGGUGGACGGAUGCAAGACGGGUCGCAGCAAGAGCGAGACGGUGUUCGAAAUUCGCACCCCGAAGCUGCAGUAUCUGCCCAUCAUCGAUUUCUACCCGGUCGACUACGGACUACCGCAGCAAGCUUUCGGUUUCCAGGUCGGACCGGUUUGCUUCAAGUAG